AUGAGUAUUCUUUCCGAGCAAGAAAAUAGGACCAAAACAAUGCCAGUGAUGGUGGAAGGAUUCUACAAAAGCUUUCGUCAGUUUAGCAACUAUGAUAAUGUUAUGUUGGUUGCAGGUGGUACUGGUAUAACCACAGCUUUUUCUCAAGUUACAAGUUUACUCUUUCAAGAUCGCUCUCGUACUAUAAAAUUAAUCUGGGCUGUUCGUAGUCCUGCUCCGUUGAACUGGUUUUCGAAGGAAAUACUGUACUUGCGUUCAUGGCCAAAAAGUAUAGAACUACAAAUCUACAUCUCACAAGCAUUAUUUGAGAAUGAUUGUGGAGCAAAGCCAUGCUCUCCGCUAGACAUUGAAGCGGGGGUUCAAGGAGUUGUGGGGUCGCAAGCGUUGGACUAUGGCUGUGGUUCAAACUAUCAGUUGGCUUUUAUUACAGGUGGACGUCCAGAACUCCAAAAGGAAAUUGCCAACUUUAUAAAACAUGCUUCAGGUUCAAUUGCGAUAUGUUCCUGUGGUCCACCUACUUUUAUCGACAGAGCACGAUAUACCUUUGUACACAAUAUGUAUAAGAGCGACUACCAUAUAGAUUAUUUCGAGGAACCAUAUUCAUGUUAA